AUGUCCUUCCUCUUCAACAGGCUUCCUAAGCUCGACACCUCCACCUCCCUCUCCCGCGGCAAGAACAACACUCUGUCGCCCCUGCAGCAGAGGAAGAUGCAGGAAAUGGCCACAACCCCAAUCUCCACUGGCUGUCGGACGCCUGCAGAGGCCGUCUCACGAAUCGCAUACCAGGCCAGUGAUGUAAUUGUCAGCGUGCAGCCUUCUCUUGCUACCGAAUCCGAGUUCUCGGUCCACCUCAAGAGACACAAUGCUGAUCCUUUGCUGUCUGUCUUCGAGCCUGCCCGGAAUGGCCUCUUGGUCUCCGUCACCACAAGUUCUAGGAUUCUCCUGCCCUCGGUCGGCCACUUAUACAAGCUCGCCAGCUACCCUGUCGUCAUCCACGUGGCUCUCCACCCGGACCAGUUCCCAGACUACUCCGCCAUCACAUCGAUAAGGAAUACAGGAUGGUCCUUCCUCCAGUCCGAGUCGCUUCAGGAGGCGCAGGACAUGGCCUUGACCGCCCACGCCCUCGCCAUCCGGUCAGGCAAAGGUGUGAUUCAUUUCUUCAGCCCCGUGGCUUCCCAGAACGACAAGCCAAUUGAGUUUGAGACGCGGAACGUGUUGCGUGAGAUCCUGAACCAGGACUACGUGCGGCGGAUCCAGAACUCGAACAUUCCUGGAGCCGGCAUUUACGCCGACGAUGGAAGGGUGGCCCUCGCCGAAGACCUGAUCGACCUCGGCCAGGAGGCCGGCUCUCCCAGGUCACCACCUCCCAACGGGCUGAACGUACCCGAGUUGGAGGGCAAAAUCUCUUCAGUCACAUCGGAGAAAUCGAGCCAACAGAGCGUCACCAGCAGCCCGCCAAGUGUCUCUUCAGCAACCACCGUUGAGGCUCAACCUCCAGCGGUCACAUCUGAGCACAUCUACAACUAUGUCACCCUCAUCUGGGCUCAAAUCAAGAAAUUGCUGGGCCGCGAGUACCACGUAUUCGAGUACUCUGGCUCUCCUGCCGCCGAGACCUGCCUGUUCAUUUUUGGCUUUGAUGCUGGCUUGUUCGGCGACACCAUCGACAGAGCACCCCCAGCUGAGGGUUUCGCUAACUGCGCCAUCAUUACGCCGCGGUUGUACAGGCCUUGGCUCGGAGUAAAGCUGAUCGACGUCCUACCCAAGUCUGUCAAAAAGGUUGCCGUCUUGGAGCAGAUCUCCAGGAAGACGACCAAGUGGGGGCCGAUUCUUAUCGAUGUUCUGACCUCUCUCAGAAGCGGCAUGGGAGGCGUCGACACAAUCGUUGGCUACCACUUGGGCUACAUCAACAACGAAACAGUCCAACAGGCGCUGCGCGGGAUUUACCAGAACUUGAUCGCGGAGAAGCCCAUCCAGAAUCUGGACGUUGGCUCUCCGCGAGGACCGGAGGAGACCACAGCUUACGAGCUCGAGACGCCCAAGCUUGAGACCGCCUACACCAAGAUCUUGGACCAGCUCUUUGGCUCCAGGGUGUUCCUUGCGAACUCGCUCAAGUCUGACAAUGCUGGAGCUUCGGCAACGAUAUCUGCCAGCCCCGAGUAUGGAUUCGGCUCUCUGUUGGCGCGCAAGGAAAAGAGGCAGAAUUUUAUCGCAGACGUCAAGGAGACUGCGGUAUCGGGCACGUUCCUGACGGAAACCCCCAAGCGCUCGUUGGCCCAGUGGGCUGCGCACGUCGAAGACCCAUCAAAGGUCGACCAGUAUGCCGAGGACGCCGUUUCCGCUCUCCAAACCGACAACUCGACCUUGUCCCGCAAACUUCUCACCAACAAGGUUUUCUUCCGCAAGGAGUCUCUGUGGCUUGUUGGCUCUGACGCGUGGUCCUACGACCUGGGCAACUCUGGUGUACACCACGUCCUGGCGUCUGGCGACAAUGUCAACAUGCUCAUCAUCGACUCGACGCCGUACUCCGAGCGAGUAGCCACCGACGCCGCACGGAGAAAGAAGGACAUUGGCCUGUACGCUAUGAACUUCGGCAACGCAUACGUCGCAUCGACAGCAGUCUACAGCUCUUACACGCAGGUGCUGCAGGCCAUGGACGAGGCCGACAAGUUCGACGGUCCAUCGAUCGUUCUGGCUUAUCUGCCAUACAAUGAUGAGCACGACUCCUCCCUCACAGUUCUCCAGGAGACGAAACAAGCCGUCGACAUUGGCUACUGGCCUCUGUACCGCUGGAACCCCAAGAACGAGCUCAAGGGCCAGCCAAACUUCUCUCUGGAUUCUGAGCGAAUCAAGAAGGAGCUGAAAGAAUUCCUGGACCGUGACAACCACCUGACUCAGCUCAUGGCAAAGGAGCCCAAGUUUGCGCCUGUGCUCUCCGAGGAUUUUGGUACCGAAAUUCGUGCUCAGCAGAAGCGAAAUGCCAAGGAUGCGUACAACAAGCUCCUCGAGGGCCUUCAAGGUGCGCCUCUGACGGUCCUUUUCGCCUCGGAUGGUGGCAACGCCCAGUCCGUCGCUAAGCGAAUUGGAAACCGAGGCAAGGCACGCGGUCUCAAGACGACCGUCAUGGCGAUGGAGGACUACCCUGUGGAGGACUUGCCUACGGAGGACAACAUCGUCUUUAUCACCUCGACCGCUGGUCAAGGAGAGUUCCCACAGAACGGCCAUGCUUUCUGGGGGGCAAUCAAGGACAGCACCGAGCUGGACCUGGCCACGGUCAACUAUUCCGUCUUCGCCCUUGGUGAUAGCCACUACUGGCCGAGGAAAGAGGACAAGAUCUACUACAACAAGCCUGGAAAGGAUCUGGACAGGAAGUUGUCUGAGUUUGGUGCGAAGCGCUUGGCUGAGGUCGGUCUUGGUGAUGAUCAGGAUCCGGAUGGUUACCAGACUGGAUACAAUGACUGGGAGCCGAAAAUCUGGCAGGCUUUGGGCGUUGCGAACGUUGAAGGCCUCCCCGAGGAACCACCACCAAUCACGAACGAAGACAUCAAGUUGGCCUCCAACUAUCUUCGUGGCACCAUCGUGGAGGGCCUGAACGAUCCCACCACCGCUGCCAUUUCCGCGGCAGACCAGCAACUAACAAAGUUCCACGGUACCUAUAUGCAAGAUGACCGAGACAUCCGAGACGAGAGGAAGGCGCAAGGCUUGGAGCCAGCGUAUUCCUUCAUGAUCCGUUGUCGACUGCCAGGUGGCGUGUCUACACCGAAGCAGUGGGUUCAGAUGGAUGAUAUCGCCACCGAGCUUGGAAACGAGACUAUGAAGUUGACCACGCGACAAACCUUCCAAUUCCACGGUGUCGUGAAGGGAAAGCUUAAGCCGGCCAUGCAGGCUAUCAACCGGGCUCUCAUGACGACGAUCGCCGCUUGCGGUGAUGUGAACAGAAACGUCAUGUGCAGCUCGCUUCCUACGCAGUCAAAGUACCACAAGGAAGUCCACGAUUGCUCCAAGCGCAUCAGCGACCACCUGUUGCCAUCAACAUCCGCCUACCACGAGAUCUGGCUGACCAAUGAUGAUGAUAAGAAGACGCAGAUUGCGGGUGAUGCAGUGCAGGACUUCGAGCCUCUGUACGGACCCACAUACCUGCCUCGAAAGUUCAAGAUCACCAUCGCCGUCCCACCACACAAUGACACUGACGUGUACGCACACGACAUUGGCCUGGUCGCCAUCAAGGGCGAUGAUGGCCACCUGCUCGGCUUCAAUCUGAUGGCUGGUGGUGGCAUGGGUGCCACCCACAACAACAAGAAGACCUACCCGCAAACAGGACGUAUGCUGGGCUUUGUGACGCGCGCAGACGUGCACAUCGCUUGCGAGAAGGUCAUGCUGGUGCAGCGCGACCACGGUGAUCGCAAGAACCGCAAGCACGCCCGUCUCAAGUACACCAUCGAUGACAUGGGUGUCGAUGUGUUCAGGGGCAAGGUCGAGGAGCUGUGGGGCAAGAAGUUCGCCCCCGCCAGGCCGUUCAAGUUCGAGUCCAACGUCGAUACGUUCGGGUGGCAGAAGGACGAGAUGGGCAUGAACCAUUUCACUUUCUUCAUUGAGAAUGGACGAAUUGAGGACACAGCCGACUUCCAGAUGAAGACAGGUUUGCGCGAGGUCGCAAAGGUGCACAAGGGCGAGUUCCGUCUGACCGGCAACCAGCACCUUAUCCUGUCUAACGUUGCCGACGAGGACCUGGAUGCCAUGAAGGCUCUGAUGAAGAAGUACAAGCUUGACAACGUCAAGUUCUCGGGUUUGCGCCUGUCAUCAUCCGCCUGUGUCGCGUUCCCGACCUGUGGCCUGGCCAUGGCCGAGUCAGAACGGUACCUGCCCGUGCUCAUCUCCAAGCUGGAGAGCACGCUCGAGGAGAACGGCCUGCGCCAGGACUCUAUCGUGAUGAGGAUGACUGGAUGCCCGAACGGUUGCGCACGGCCCUGGUUGGCUGAGGUCGCCUUUGUCGGCAAGGCCUUCGGCGCGUACAACAUGUACCUGGGCGGUGGCUACCACGGUCAGCGGCUCAACAAGUUGUACCGGUCAAGCAUCAAGGAGGACGAGAUCCUGGCCAUCAUGAAGCCGCUACUGAAGGAGUAUGCUCUCGAGAGGGAGGAGGGCGAGAGAUUUGGUGACUUCUGUAUCCGUAAGGGCGUGAUCAAGGCGACGACGGACGGCAAGAACUUCCAUGAUGAUGUUGCUGAGUUGGAAGAGGAUGACGAGUAG